UUUUUAUCUACUGCGUGCUAGCAAAAUUACUCGAAAUUCGAUUGUUAAUUUGAUCCCGUUUGUUGAAAAUGCAAUAAAAAUCAGUAUGAGUUUUCUGCAGAUAGAUUGCAUUUGGGCUGUGUCUUCAAGAUAGAUCAUACGCUGGAACUAUUUGAACCAGCAGAGAAGUAAACAUAUUAGUCAUCGAUCAGCCAAAUCAGCGCUUACUGUGGUCUGUGGUGUGUAGAUUGUUUUGUGUGUGGGUUUGAGGAAGCAGUAACGUGGAGACGAAAAGGGGAGGAGGAAUUCGUGUUUCGUCUUCUGUGUGGAAGGUGUCAUCAGCCGAAGGAUCGAACCAAAAUAGCGAAGAACCUUGCCCCAAAAACUCACCAACGAUGGAAAAUGAAAGUAUAGAGGAAAUUUACGUUCAGCACGGGGUCACGUUGAAGAAAGCAAGUGCCACAUAUUUGUCGGCUCUGAACACCGAAGGAAUUUUGUAUUUUGGUCGCUACCAGAAGGCUCCACUGUAUUUUUUCGAAUGGAAACAAACGGAAACCUGCGAGGUUCUGGACAUUGAAUGCCAGGACAGCGGCUGGUCGUUUGUCGAUACCAUCGAAUCCACAUCCUCGAUUCCAAUGCAGCUGGAAAAUGGCGCUUCGUGCGACAAACCAUCGGAUGCCAACCAACCGUCAGCGAAUCAAGCGCAAAAGAGCAACAAAAUAUCCAUUCAAGUCCUUCUGCGAGAUCUGAAGGGAAUGGAAAUCGUCCGGAACGAGCUGCGCUUGUUUGAUCAAAAUUCUAGUAUUCACAGCCUUUAUUUGUUCCACCAUGGAUCGCCACAUUCGUUCGUCGAUUUCCUCGAACGAAAACGCUUCAUUCGGAAAAGCUCACGACGGAAGCAGUUCUACGAAUGCUUCCCAGAGGAACCGGACAACGACAAACUGCAGAGAUCGUUUUCCGAACUGAACAUCGAAGACAUCCGGAGUCGACCACGGGCUAGCACGUACAUGGACUUCAUGUCCAAGCUGGCGACGGUGCACCAGCAGAUACUUCCCAUCGUUAGGCAAACGGAUAUCGUGUCCGGGUUUCGGUCACAACUGAAUAGCCCACAGGAUGAUAUGGAAAGUAAUGACGUUGACAGUCACAAUGGGGAAAUACAGGAGAUCAAUGGUACGGAGGUGGUACCGAUGAUGACGAAGAAAACGCGACAACUGGUGCCAAGACCAUACGCUCUGCGUGGAACGCCGUUGAGCAGCGAACAGUGGGUCGAAUUUCGAGCACCCAAUGGAUCAAUUUUGAACCCAGAUCGGGUAAAGGAAAUCAUUUUUCGAGGGGGCAUCGACGAGUCCAUCCGUGCGGAACUGUGGAAGUACCUGCUCGGACUGGACCUCUGGGAGCACAACAGUGCUCAACGCGAUGAGCAACGAGCCGCCAAAACGCAGGAAUACUUCCAGAUGAAGCUGCAGUGGCUGACGAUCACCCCCAUCCAGGAGCACAACUUCACCGGCUACCGGGAACGCAAGUGCCAGAUCGAGAAGGACGUCAAACGGACGGAUCGUACGUACGAAUUUUUCGCCGGCGACGACAAUCCCAAUCUUGCCAAGCUACAGGACAUCCUGAUGACGUACGUGAUGUACAACUUCGACCUCGGAUACGUGCAGGGAAUGAGCGAUCUGUUGGCGCCCAUUUUGAGUCUGGUUCAGAACGAGGCGGAAAGUUUCUGGUGCUUUGUCGGUUUCAUGCAGCGAGUAUUCAACAACUUUGAUAUCGACCAAAAAGGAAUGAAGCAGCAGUUGGAAAACCUGCGGACACUGCUUGCCUUUGUGAAUGAGGGACUGUAUAACUAUCUGAAGGAAAAUCAAUCGGAAAAUAUGUACUUCUGUUUCCGAUGGUUGUUGGUGUGGUUCAAACGAGAGUUCGCCAAUAAGGAUAUUAUGCAGCUGUGGGAGGUUCUAUGGACGGGAUUACCGUGCCCCAAUUUUCAUCUUUUCAUCUGCGUGGCGAUCCUGGAUCAGGAAAUGGAUGUUUUUAUAGACGGUCAAUUUACAUUUACCGAAAUUUUAAAGCACGUCAACGAACUGUCCGGCAAUUUAAACCUGGUAGCCAUUUUGGAACAGGCAGAAAGCAUCUACCUGCAGGUUAAAGGUACGCUCGAUGCAUCCAAAGAGGCUCUGCCGGAACUGCGAAAGCUAAUCGGCGAGGAGGUGGUGAGUUCGAAUGGAACCGGCAGUGACGACGAUGACGACAGCUGCGGUAUGUCGAUCGUGAAUGAGAAGUCCGCCGAAUAUCAGGAAAUGAUGCAACGAAAGGUGGACGAAGCAUGCGAUCUAUCGAUAAGCUAUGCGUUUUUCUAAUCUAGUGGACUAGCGGACUAAUCUAGGACGAGUGCUGAUCGACGGAAGUCGAAAAACGAUAGCUGAGCUUUUUACAUAGUAAUUUUUUUUUAUGAAACCCCUAUAUUGUUAAUCCCGUUGCAAAGCGAAGGACAUGAGAAUAAAAAAAUACGGUCACGAGGCGUAUUGGUAAAAAGGCGGCUUUUUGGCGUUAACAUUAAGGUGAUGUCUUCUCAUCCAUGAGUAGAAGUUAGUCUUAGUUAUACUGUAGAAAAUGUACAGCUAUGUUUAUUAAAAGUUUUCGUUUCGAAAUAGAAAUGU